AUGCAAGGAUCUACCUGGGGUUUAAAUCCGUUUAUUUUGAAAAUUCUAUACCAGACCGUCAUAGAAAAAAUUAUUACCUAUGCUGCAGCGGUCUGGGUUGAACCAAUGCAAGCACGCAAGGUACGCCUUCUGCAGUCUAUUCAACGUCCUUUUGCCCUUGCCAUGACAAGGGCAUAUUGUACUACUUCUAAUCACGCUUUAUGUGUACUCGCUGGCCUCAUUCCUUUGCAUCUUAAAGCAUUGCAAGAAUCUACAAUCACUAAAGUUAAACAACUUCAGCAAGCCGUCUAUUUGGAUGAUAUUCUUCAUUCGCCGGUUCCUUUUGAUACCCCAGCGCAUCCACUUACUAUACAUCCAUCAACCUUUGGGAAAGGUUUAUCAGUCUUCUUGAAAGGAGAAUGUCAACCUCCAGCAACCACCAUUAAUAUCUUCACAGAUGGAUCAAAACUUGAUAAUUCUACAGGCUGUGCUUACGUUACUUAUGCGGAUAACCUCCCCAUCUUUCAUUGGAAGGGCCAUAUGCAUUCCAAUAACAGUGUUUUUCAAGCAGAAUGCUUGGCCCUUCAACAAGCUAUUGCUUAUGCCACAACGUUACAAGCGUCUUCUGUCAAUAUUUUUACAGAUAGCCUGUCAGCCCUCUUCGCACUUCUUAAUCCUCGCCAUUCCUCUUCUCUUAUACAUAGCAUACAACAACUUUUGCAUGAUCAUGACUACCCGUCCAUACAUUUAGUCUGGACUAAAGGCCAUUCUGGCAAUGCCGGUAACGAACUUGCAGAUUUUCUUGCAAAAGAGGCUGCAGCCAAUUUUCAAGCUGAAUCAGUACAAAUAAAAUGGCCAUAUUCCUACCUAAAACAUGCAAUCUUCUUACAAACUGUGUCCAAGUGGCAGGCUGAAUGGGACUCUGCUACGACGGGCAGAAGAACUUAUUACCAUCUUUCUUACGUAGAUCCGGCUCGUCAGAUUACCAAUCCUCACCUUACAAGAUUCAUCUCUGGCCAUGGGCCGUUCCCUGUCUACUUUCACAGACACCGUACAACAAAUAUAGACUUAUGCGUCUGUGGGGAGACGGGAACUCCCGAACAUUAUCUUACUUCGUGUGAACUCACUCGUGCUCAUCAUAUUAAGAUGCCAUCAACUAAUGUACAGGCAUUUGCCAAAUUUAUGGUGAAACAACCUCACCUGGUCAAAAAGAUAUCUUCCAUAAUGUCUCUUCUUUUCGACUAUGGUGUUGAUCUAUGCCAAACUGCAUAA